CUCCUGCUUCUCUCUACAGCCUGACAGGCUGCAGUAUUGGAGAUGAAGGCUUCAGAGCUCUUGCAUCAGCACUGAGAUCAAACCCCUCACACAUGAGAGAGCUGCAGCUGAGAGGGAAUAAAGCAGGAGACUCAGGAGUGAAGCAUCUUUCUUCUCUUCUGGAGGAUCCCAACUGUAAACUGGAGAAACUAUACCUGCAGAACUGCAGUAUUGGAGAUGAAGGCUUCAGAGCUCUUGCAUCAGCACUGAGAUCAAACCCCUCACACAUGAGAGAGCUGCAGCUGAGUUUUAAUAAAGCAGGAGACUCAGGAGUGAAGCAUCUUUCUUCUCUUCUGGAGGAUCCCCACUGUAAACUGGAGACACUAGGCAUGGAGCCUCAGGACACUCAGGAUGACCGCUGCUCUCUGAGCUGAAGAACAAUCCAGACUGGAAACAUCUACAAAUACACAGACUCUAAUGAAUCCAUCUCAUUGUGUUUGUGAAAAGUGAAGGUCUUGCUUUCACCAAACUCACUGUUUGUGAGUACUGAUUCACUACACGUAACUCCACAUAGCAUUUACACUGAUAAACUACAGUUCCCAACAUGCAUCACAUUCUCCAACAUUUACACUGAUAACCUACAGUUCCCAACAUGCAUCACAUUCACCAACUGGCGUUGUCUCAAAGCCUGUAGCCGUAGCGACCGCUAAGGUUCAUAUAGUUACUGUAAAACAGCCACAUGUCAGUUCAGUAAACUUCAUAAUCUUGCAUAUAAAGUGUGUGUAUGGAUGAAGUGUGUGUAUGAAUUGUUUUUGUGUUGUUUGUUAUAUUAUUAGUGAUGAUUGGGCAACAUCAUCAUAUGUGUUUAAUCAUCUUUAUGUGUAAAUCAGGGCUGUCAAACAUCUCAUUUGUCUCUCCCUCUCAUUGGUGUGCAGAUUUCAUCACAUUCAUAUUUGAAGUAAUAUACAUUUUACAAAUUCACUUCUGUAAAUACAAAAAUGUAACUGGUGUUGUAUAAAGAAUGUUUUCAAUGUAA